AUGGCUAACCGGAAGGCCAACAGGCUCUUGCUGCUUGCGAUUAUUUCGAUGGCCUUGGUGCAUCACUUGAAGGAUUCAGCCCCAGUGACUUUCUGUGGCACGCAGCAAUCGCACCGGCGCCUUUCCGCAGUCCGAGCCUGGCCUCUCGGGCGCAAGGCGUCAGCUGUUGCUCCAAAUCAGAACAUGACCGCUAUGGACACGGAUCAAGUGGCCGACUGGGUUGUCUCCUUGGGAGACCCGAUCAAACAAUAUGCACCAACCUUUCGCGACAAUGGUGUUAAUGGGAACCUUCUCAAAGAAUUGACGGAUGACGACCUUGAAGACAUGGGAGUCGAGAAGCCCAUGCAUCGCAAGAACAUUCUUGUGAACCGUGAGGCUCUCCUGGCAGAUGGCUUUAACGAGACGCUGCACGGCCAGCGGCACUUGGAGAGUGCGUUUGAGAUUCAAGGGCCAGCAUCGCUGGAGCUUCAGCCCCAGCGCUUUGCGCAAUCCGCGCUGGACAGCCUGAAAAGGUCGGGAACACCUGCAGGAGUGAACCUUCGUGCUGUGACCAGGCAAAUGGAUGGCCUCCUCUGUGGCCAGCAGGAGGCAACAAAUCUGAUGGAAGCGGUGGAAGCGAUGAACCACUUGACUUUUCACCGCACAGCUCAUGUGCCUGGAGGGAGUCGUGUCAGGGAAGAGAUUCAGUCAGAUCUGCAAGUGGUAUCGGAGGCGAAGAUUGCAGCACGGGAGAAGAGCAUCGUGACACAUGCCAAGAACAUGCAACUUGCAGCCGCUGUGGACCGGUUUUGCAGAUCAUGCAGGAGUUCUCCAAGCGAUGCCAGCAUGAAGCAAGCAGGAACUGAGCUCGAGCGAGUGUUCCUACAGUGGAAGGGUGCAAUGCUACGAUUGGCUGAUGCAGAUGCCGCUCACAAUGAGGACUUGAUUCAGCGCACCUCUGCUCGAUUUCAGUCCCAAACCCCGGGCGGGGCUGCUGUGCAGGCCAGCAUACAGGCUUUCUCUGAGGUUAUGCAAGAGUUGCAUCAAGCCGCGGAGAAGUGCAGCCGCAUUUACAACUUGGACGACCCAGACGUGCGACUCGCUCUUGAAGCUCGAGCAGGUGGGUUGGUUGACACAAUCCAAGCAGAACAGACGAAGCUUGAACAGCGUCAAGGGCGCCGAGACGAGGUGCAGAAGCAACUUCUAGAACAGGAAACAGAGCUAGCUCAGCUUGGAAAGCUUCGCAGGCAGCAGGUGAACCAGACGAAGCAGAUUCGGGAUUGGCACAUCAAGCGCUUUUGGCGAUGGGGCCCACGGGGAUGGGAAGGUGAGAUGGAGACCUACGAAGAGCAAGCUCGAGGAGACCGUGAGCUCAUGAAAGGGGACGAGCAAGCUGUUGUCCAGAAGUGUGCCGAGCUCAAGGGUGACCUGUCUCAACUCGAGAAGGACAUUGAGAAUCAAGAGAAGCACCUGGCCAAGCUUGGGAUGAUGAAUUCUCCAACAACCUGGGAGAAUGUCCUGCAGGCCCAAAACCUUCCGGCGCUGGAGGCCGAGGUAAAGGAGAAGGAGGAGAAGCGGAAGUUGAUUGCGGACCAGCUUCGGCAAGCAAUGGUAGAUACGGGAGUUGUGGAUCCUGACCAGGCCGCCCAAAUCAUCACCCAGCAUGAGACAUCGAAGAUCCUUCUCUCCGAGACAACCGCCAAGUCUCAGGAGGCAGCUGCCCGCACACAGGAGUUUGUAGCUCAAAUGGAAGACUUGGUGCUGGUUGGCCUCAACGCGUCAGAAGUCUUAAUGCCCGAAAUCCUUGAAGAGCUGAAAUCCCUCGCGCAGUGCACAGUACUCCUUAGUGAGCUGCACGAAGAUCACAUGCAGCAUCUAGGAAAGAAGAAAGGGGAAGUGCUGAGUAGAGUUGCAGCUUCUGUUGCCGCUUUCAGGCUGCAGGACCAAAUGUCAUUGACAGAUUGA